UUGAUUCAUUUAUGGUAUCAAAAUUCAAAAUGUGGAAGAUAUCAGAUAUCACAAGAUUCUAUAUACAGGCAAAGAAUACUUCAUAUUGGUGAUAAUAUGCAAAGCAAGACCAAGGAAGCAAUCUGUAAUAAGCUGCAUCAGCAGCUGCUUGUUGCUAUUUCUGAGACAAGGAACGAUGAAAUGGAAAAGAUUCAAGAGGAACUUCAGAGUACAAGACAACAGCUGGAACAAGCCAAGAAGCAGCUGGUCGACAUGCGGAGGAACGUCGCCACCUACAAAAGAGUUAUGGCUCAAGAACUGGGAAUGGAUGUCAAUCCUCAUGAACAAGUGGUAUUUGGAACUAACUGGAGAGACAGGGCGCAAGAAGUCAUUUGCUUAAAGUCGGGAAUGAUGAAACUUGUGGACGCCUUGAGACAAACUGGACUCAGCAACUUGGUUGAUCCCGAGUGUGAUCCAGAGGUGACCUCCGCUUCUGCAGAAGACCUUCUUACCGAAAAGCAACGCAAAUCUCUAAAGCAGAUUUACGAAGACUACUGUGUUUUUCGCACAGAGGGUGAGGAAAGGGCGGCAGAAAGCAUAGAAGAAUACAUGAAGCUUAAGACCAGUUACCAAGAAAAACUUAAGCACAACAGGAUUAUGAUAGAAGAAAUCAAGGCAUUGAAAAAGAAGAUAGAUGAAGUCCGCGAAAAGGCAAAAGAAGACAAAUUUUUAAUGCAAUUCCUGAUAACACGCCCAGCUUCUGAUUCUCAUCCAGUAACACUAACGUUGGACGAUCCGAACCGAAAAGUGGAUUCAGAAGAAACAGAGAAAAAGUCCUCUCUCGAGAACAAUGAGCUGGAAACUUUUAAAGCCAAGUGGGAGGCUAACGAGCAGGAAAAGGAAACAGCGAAAGAAGUGAUGUGCCAGUUCAGGAAAAGGAUUGAAGAUACGAAGAAAAAGAUAAUCGAAGCUGAAAGACUGUGUGCUCGCAAUGUGGUCCGCAUACAAGAGCUGCAGCGAGAGCUCCAAAGCCUGAAGUCGCCAAAAAUCACUAAAAGGGAAAGAGAAGAACCUAAAGUCGGAAAGAUGACAGCGUUGAAAUUCAGGGCCGCUCAGGAUCAGCUGCAAAUUGCAAAAAGUGAAAAUAGAGCUCUUCGGAAAUUUCUGUACGAUGCCUUCCUAUUUAAAGAACCGGACUGCCAACAUCUGCAUUUAAGCUUAACCACUUCGGUGGACAUUUACCGUCGAGAUCUGGAAGAAGCUUUACGGCAGUUAUGGGCAAAGGGCGGAACUACUAUAAAAUAAAUAGUUCUUUUUUGUA